AUGUUGACUAGCCUACCGGUUCAUGAACUUCUGGAAAAAACUAAAGCCAACGAGGUUCUUUGCGGUCGACUGCUACCGACAAACAACAAUGUUGCAUUCAUUGAUAACAACACCAUUUAUACAGUAACGGUUGUGGACAACACCGAUGAGAAUAAGCCGAUUGCAUUUGGAGCAUUCCACAUUUGUUCAAAGAAUCAGGUUGUCGAAAUAGCUGAUCCGGAGAUACAGGCGGAAUACCUUCCUCAAUACUAUGGAGCUUUUGGCGAUCGUAUUAACCAACCGGCUCUAGUUCAUGCUUAUGAUCAAUUAAUCGAAAUGACAUUUACAAUUUACAAUAUGGAUGUUACCAAAAAUAUUACUGUAGAUUUGUAUAACUUCGAGUUGUUCAACGAAGAUAAGAAAGUCGAAAUGCGCGAUAGACUUGGAUUUUUAGUUUCAAAUGAUUGCAAUAUUUACGAAGUUACAGCGAACAAAUCUGUGCUGCAAAAUAUAAUGGACGAAGAAACAGAACAAAACAUUUAUUUAAGUUACGAAGAAAUGACAGAAGCAAAUAAGGAAUACAUAUUGGAUUACGAUUCGACAAUUUCGCUGUACAACCGUGAUAUUUAUCUGGAAUUUUUGCUCAGUAUUAAAGAGAUUGUGAAACAACCAAUUUUUUCAAUUAUGAGAAAAAAAAUAAAUAAUCUGCUACAGCUAAACGGUGUCGUCGCAUGCGAAGCUGGACAGCCAGUUGGUUAUGCACUUGGGUUGAACAACCGCGUCUUGCAAUGCUAUGCGGAAACUGAAUCUAUCGCCAGAGGUUUACUACGUGAAUUGUUGCCAAAAAUAUCGGGAGAAGCAGUGACUAUGUUUGUUCCAGAAAGAAAAGAUAAAGCCUCUGCAACAAUUUUGGAUAAGGCAAUCGACGCUCGCAGAAUUCAAAGGUAUCACAGCAGAAUCAUCCCAGCACAAAUUAAGUGGGAGGCUAUUUUUGCGAUGAAUAUUGGUUUAGCCCUCUAUUAA